AUGGGGAACGGCAGCAGUCUUGCGCCGCACACGACGUACUGCCAUGCCUGUGGCCAUCGGCAAACCGUGUUGGGGCAGAGCGAUUUGGAGGUGUGCGUGAAUUGCGGCAGUGGUGAUCAUCUGGAGAUGCGCCACAUGAUCCUCAUCGGCGAGGACGAUGACAGAGGAACACUGAGCAGGGACGGAGAUGACACGUCUCGAGAUAUUGCUGGUGUGGACACCCCAUCUAGAAGAGAUCGUGGCGCAGCUGCGCCUCGGCCUCCCUCGUCUGGCGGAUCGCGACAGGGAUCCCUCCAACUCCAAGGAAGGGGAGCACCUACUCAGCAAACAGGAGAGCAAGUCAGAAGGCGCGCCGCUUCCGAAGGCGGCGUAGCAGCUCCGUCGCUGCUGACGGGGCCACUUAUUUCGGGUGAAUCCGUGGACGACGAGCUUCCACCAGCGGGAGUGCGCGCAGCACGGCAACCUUUAGGAGCUGCGUCAGCAUCUACAACCCAGGUUUCCUUCAUGCCCUUGACGUCGGCCUUGAUGGGACUGCGAGAAAGGACGGCUUCGGUAGCUGCGUCGGCGGCAAAACACAAGGUAGUACUUUUGUGAACAUAUGCUAGUAAUUACUUAACGUCUAUUGGCGUCACUUUGAUGUUGAAUCUGUUAGGUUGUUCUUGUUGGACUCAAUUUUUUUCUAAAAAACAAAGCUUUUUUGAUCAUUUUAUCACAUUCAUAGGAGGCGUUGCAGCGAGACGCGAACAUCCUUUGGAGCGACUUGGAACGUGUCGAGUGCCCGCACGCACUAGACGGCGACUGCGCGAUCUGCACGACCGAAUUGUGCUACGUUGUGGAUCAUGACCGUGGUGUGGCUCCCACAACAACUUCAUUGACGACUGGACUGACGGGGGAACAAGACGUAGGCGUUGAACAAGCAGAAGGUCUAGCGUCACUCGUAGCGAAACGAUCCACGUCAAAGCAGAAACAGAAGCGGUUUCUGCAAGGCUGGGCAGCGGCGCAGCGGGCAAGACAUCGGCCUGGCUGUUGCGAGUUCGAUCUAGGACUACCACGCUCGACCUUGCAGCGAUUCAAGUUGUUUACAACUGAAGAAGGUGGAGACAUGAACAACAACACUCACAAAUUCUGUUUCGCGGUAAAUGCUGAGGAGGCUGGAAAAGUAUGCAAGCCGAAAGUACACGACGAGAACGGCACGUUAGUUUGCGAUCUUCCUGGUUCCUCUUGUUCCGAAAACGACACAGACCAUAGGUCAGGAACUGAUGAUUGUAGCCCACAACAGGAGGUAGUGCCCUGCACCCUGUCGGUGAGCCGCCACUCGUGGUGGUUGAAGCAGGGCAGCCAAAGAUACAAAGAUGUAGAUUCCGAAAAGGAGAAGGAGAAACAAGACGACGAAUCUUUGUACUGCACAGAAGUGAACGUAAUCCGAUUACCCUGUCGGCAUAUGUUCCACGAAGCGUGUCUAGAGAGUUGGUUCUUCGCGCCACAGAAUUAUCGUCGCAGUUGUCCGGUUUGCCGAGAUGCACUACGGCCGGAAGCUGUCGCACCAGCAGAGGCUCCGGCUGGGGCCUCUCGAGGGCCAAACGGAGAAAAUGGCAACGCCGCGGCAGGAGAUGGCGCACCGGCCGCCGGCAACGGGGGACAGCAGGAACCGCACGCGUUUCUGCGGGCUGCGCGACAGUUCUUCGAGUCGUUUUCCCAAGUGACUCGAGCGGCGCACCAGAAUCUUGUCCGCGUCCUGGAGGAGCAGCAGCAACGCUCUCGAGAAGAGCAAGACGAUAACGAAGAAGAGCAGGAGAGGGGAAGCCAACAGAGCAACAACAAUAAUCGUGAUCCGAGUGCGACAGGAGCGGGAGCACCGAGCGAUGGGGCUACAGGCGCGGGUACUUCCAACCGCAUUAUGCAUGUGAGUCAGAUCGGAGCGCGCAAUGAUAAUUGGAUCCCUGGAGGAACCUCAACACGAGCGGGUGCGGCCAGGCGCGCUAGCGAGGCAGCGACUGCAAAUAAUGAGAAUGAGACUGGUGGCAGUUCCACGAUCGCAGAACCAACUGCGUCUGGAGCUCCUGUUCCCAAUUCAGAUCGGAUGAAUGAUGACGCAACAAGAAGAGGAGGCGCUUCUUCAUCGCCUCAGGCGCAGCGGCAAGCAACAAGAGCAAACGAAAAUAAUGCAUCUCGUCCUCCCGGUCCGUCGACGUCGGGCUCCGGCAUUGUCGGACAGCAGGGCUGGGGGCCCGAGUCCUCAUCUGCGGGUGGAAAUACUGGGAACGGCUCGUUUCUGCGCUUCAUGCAGCCAGCUGUUCAUACACUAGGAGAUGGAAGGACGGCGUUCCUCUUUGAAUUCGUAGACGAAGACGAGGCAGAACAAGCAGAGAGUCAAUUGCUGGGGAGAGGAGCCGAUGACAGCUCCGCGUCAGCAUCUUCUUCGUCAGCCGAUGAAAUCUUGUCAAGUUCGACCGCUGCGGCACCAGAAAGCAGUUGGCAUCGAGCACUUUUUGGUGGUGGUGGUGCUGGAAGUACCGAAGAAGAACCUCUGAGCCGCGAUCAAAGACGAGGCGAGCAAAAUGCUGCUCAGUCAAGGUCCAGCACUAUUGAGUCCAGCUCUGGACCUUCGCGGCCCGGAGCUGGUGGAGGUGUUCGUGGAGCGACAUCGCGACCGGGCUCUGCGUCACCAACUUCCAGGAGAUCUGCUUCGCAGUCGAACAUGACUGCAUCUUCAAGAGGAGUAGAUCACACCACGAGGAAUUCAAGAACAAGCCCGUCGAGGACUGCAAGCGUUGCGCGGGGCCCGUUUCUUCGGCCCACAGCAAGUGAGUGGAAUAUCGUAAAUUCUAGAGGCACGCCGCUGCGAACGUUCCCGCCAUCGGAGACCAGCGACGAAGAAAAUGAGCAGGCUCUGGCAGAUUUCCUCGGAAAUGACGCGGCAUUUUCUUCGACCGGGCCAGCGUGGUCUUCCUCGUCAUCGUCGGCUUCGUUGAUAGAAGAGCCUGCACCAGGGCCGCUUUUCCACGACCAGCACAGGAGGCAUAUCGCAGGACAGGACGAGACGAGUGCUCUGACGGUAGAAGAAGACGAUGUAACGCUUGGCGGAAGAACGGCCUCGGUUCACGUGGUAGAAAACAUUCUGUUUUCGAACAUGUCGAAUCGCCUCCUGGAUGGCCUGGUGAAUGAAUCACGGGCGAUGCACGCAGACGUGCUUGGAAAUGCGAGCAGUCCAUUGCAUUCGAUAUCGAGGCCAAGGAGUGCCGUAAAUGCUUGUAGACCGCCAGGCGGACUUCAACAAAUGGAACAAGAAUUCCAGGCUGUUGGUGACCGGUUGCACGGCGAAUCGUCAAAGAUACUAGACGAGAGUGAAAGUCUUGACGGGAAGAACAGUGGUUUUUCAACAGCGCGGCGGGCUGGGUAUCAGCUUUUGGAGGAUGAUUUGGCAUCCCCAGAAGUCGAAGACGCUCAGGGCCGCAGAGCAAAGCGCGACGUUUUACUGCAGGGCUUCGUGGAAAGAAAAGAACUUACGCAGCCGUCGCGCAUACCCCCAUGCGAUAAAAAGCAGAUAUUCGAUGCGUUCACGAGCGAUGUUGUCACGACGCCAAUUUCAACCGGCGGUGUUGUAGCGAAUAGGAACAGCGCUGCCGCUGCUCCCACUGGUCGUCUACAACAGGGACGACCUUCAUCACCGUCGUGUCGUGUCAGAGAAGGCGUCUCAUCUCAGCGAGGAACGCCACCACCAGCACUUUCUCCGGGGGAUCCUCCUAGCUCCAGCGCAAGAAAGCGGAGCAAGGCCUCAAGUUCUGGCCUCUUAUCGUCUGUGUCCUCGGCCUCCCACAUGUCCUCCGUUAGCACCUCAGCAGCGCUGCAUCCUGCGGCUGAACAGACGACACUUCAUGAGCAGUUUUCGUUUUUGCCCAAAGGCAGUUCAUCCUCCCAGCAAAGUGUUUCGGUCCCUUGGCGUGCUGCUGCCUCAUCUGCUACGACAGCUGAGGUGCUAAGUACCAACUCCACAAGUACAGCAGCGCGCUCACGGCAUUGGGUUGCGAAACGAGCGAAGAUGCUACGAGAGGAAGUCACCGCCUCACUACAGAAUCAGAAUGGUGCAUCUUCAACACCGUUGUUUGCAUCAUCCAGUGUCCACCUUCUCAAGGACGGAAGCUCAAAAGGGCGUGUAGGAGGACUUGAAACUGAAAAUGUGAUCGCAAAUAGCAGUUGCGGUCCACCCCAGAUUCUUCACGAGGCACGCAGUUUCGAACCUGCUGCAGUCGCGGUAGCAUCUUUGUCCUCAUCUUCAUCAUCUUCAUCUACGUCUGACGCAGGAGCUCUGUCAUCUUCAAUAGUAAUUGGUGUAUCUUCCCUCAUACCUGGAGGAGAUGAAGACUUCCUUGUCGCCUGCCGCUCGAAGGCUGGCAUCUCACGACUACGUCAUACCCCCGCAAUCAACGUGGCUGCAGAAAUUUCAGAUCCGUCCUUGGCUUUCUCCAAUCCGCUCCUUUCUCAGGUGUUGCACGACUCUCUGGCUUCUUGCCCAUCUGGCAUAGCGCAUUUCGAGCUCUUCCGCAAAAAUUCAAAAACGAGAACUACAACUGCAUGCACAUACUCUAGAAGUAGUUCUUCCAAUUCAACAUCUUUUCUCAAAGGAGAAGAUGAGCGCCGGCCCGCUCACGAUCAAGACCGAUUUCUGCUGACGGUCGUCUCCGACACAGAGGGUGAUCGCCUCCUUAUCGUCUGCGAGGAAGCCACGACUUGUUCAUCUAGAAGUACGGGGCAAGGAGAGAACACACAUUCAAUGCGAACUAGAGGGAAGGACCCUACAAAUACGAGUGACAAACACACAGGAGGCGGUAGUGUGUUCUCCCUUCCAGGCGUCCGACGACCAACUGGCGUCUGUUGGAGUCCCGCGAGAAGGCGCCUUUACGUAGCAUCUGCGCAUGCUGUUUGGGAAUAUAACAUUUCUUUCGACGACGUCGAUAGUGUUAAUGCUGGCACUUCUGCGGCUGCCGGUGCUGCAAGAAAUGAUGGGACAACUACAGCGCUUCGUUUCUCCUCGUUCUCUUCAUCAUCCUCUUCUUCCUCAGAAGUUUUACCCAGUGCGGGUUUGUCCAGCGUGCUCGUCGAGGAUUUUACUGCAGGUUACGGCAAUCCUGUGUCCGUCGCAGUGCAAACGAUAGUUGCCGACCAUUCACCGGACACAAGCACUUCUGUUCUUGUUGUCACUCGUAGCCUGACCCUCGGCAGCGGAAAGCGCGGCAGCACUCUCCGCGAUCUGGCAUUCCCGUCGCAGAUUGCUGUCGACGACCCCAGAGGCGCGCUCUUCGUAGCCGACACAUUGAACGAUCGCAUACUGCGAAUUGAACUCCAGCAGCAGGGUAACUGUUUCCCUACUCCUUCAUCGAGCAGGAUGACGACCAAGGGUCUGGCUCAAGUAGACGGCGUAGGAAAGGCCACUGUUGCUCUUGGACUAGGCCUCCAGAGCGGCGUUUGUCUGAACAAUCCACGUGGUGUUGCAGUAGACGACUUCGGCCGUCUUUAUGUUGCCGAUACUGGCUUUCACCGCUUACUGCGACUGUCCGUCGAAGAGAGCACGUUCAUCAAUCAGACGUCGACAAAAACGGUCAUCGAGGAGCUGCCAGGUCCCUGGGUUCGGCCUGUGAGCCUCUCGGUGGACGGCACUGGAUUCCUUUACGUGGCUGACAAGCAACGCCUCUCGCGCAUAAAUUCAUCAAUCCCACCACCUUUUCCAGAUGAAGGUGGAGGCGCUCGUCCGAGUGCUUUUUCUUGUCCGCCUACCUCAAAAAUCACAGGUGGAAGCACAACAAGAAGGAAAGGCAGAAAAAUAGAUCCACCCGGCAGCUCAUCAAUGACCUCGACAGGCGUACUCGAGGAGAGAAAGAAACCAGGAGAGGACGACGAAGGACCACAUAGGCGGCUUUUGGCAGAGACUGUGGUGUAGUGAGACAAGCGGGUGAAGAGUCUUACCAUCAUUUGCAGCAUCUUCUGGCAUAAUGGCAAACACGUCAUCUUCUGCACGAAGAUAAUGCUCAUCUACUUACUUACUUGUUCACAAUCACGUUGCACCUUAUCCUUUCCAGCAAGGAAGCCCCAAAACAUAAACAAAGCUGUUUUGAUUCCCGAUCAUCGCUGCCAUGACGAGAAAUAGUCGUACUUUCUCAGCAUAGCGAUCAUCCCCUUCCGCAGGUGAUUCACUUUCACGUCUGACACUGACACCUUUCACAACUUUCUAAAUGCAUCAUCUGAAUCCAUCUGCUCCUAAUGCAGAUGAGCAGCGGUUAU